UGAUUUAAAUGUCAAUAAUUUGAGGUUAGGUGCAAGCACAUGURUCAUUACCAUUGAAAAUGGAAUACAUAACGGACCUCCCGGCCCCCACAAACAAAAUUUUGUGUUGCGAAUGCGGCACCCCCAUUGACCCCAACCCCUCCAACAUGUGCGUGCCUUGUCUCCGCACCAAAGUCGACAUCACUGAAGGCAUCCCCAAACAAGUCACCCUCCAAUUCUGCCGCGGAUGUGAACGCUACUUCAGCCCCCCGUCGGAAUGGACCCAUUGCGUGCUCGAAUCAAAAGAAUUGCUUUCGUUGUGUUUGAAAAAAUUGAAAGGAUUGAAUCGGGUGAAACUGGUCGAUGCUGGAUUCGUCUGGACUGAACCUCACUCGAAGCGAAUUAAAGUCAAGUUGAAGGUGCAUGGGGAAGUCUUAGGGGGGGCCAUGUUAGAGCAGGUUUUCAUCGUUGACUAUGUGGUCACUCAUCACAUGUGCGAUGACUGUCAUCGGUCCGAAGCACAGAAUUUCUGGCGGGCUUUGGUCCAAGUGAGACAAAAGGCGGAAAAUAAGAAAACUUUCUAUUAUUUAGAACAGUUGAUUUUGAAACAUAAGGCACACGACAACACAUUGGGGAUUAAACCGAUUCAUGACGGUCUUGAUUUUUUCUACGCCACUGAGGCUCAUGCCCGGAAAAUGGUCGAUUUUCUUGCUGCUGUGCUUCCAUGCAAAUACAGCCAUUCGAAAAAACUGAUUUCGCACGAUAUCCACAGUAAUUUAUAUAAUUACAAAUUCACUUACUCGGUGGAAAUUGUCCCAGUGUCAAAAGACAGUUUGGUGUGUCUACCGAAGAAAUUAACUCAACAGUUGGGCGGUAUUUCCCCCAUUUGUCUUGUGUACAGGGUUACCAACUCGUUACAUUUGAUUGAUCCAUCAAGGGCGCAAAUUGCUGAAAUUAAUAGUACUGUUUAUUGGCGUAGCCCCUUCAACGCCAUGUGUAAUCCUAAACAACUCGUCGAGUUUGUUGUUAUGGAUAUUGAACCGAUUAUGGAUAAAGACCGAAAAACCUUUCCAGGACAAGGGGCCAUUUCAAAUAAACAUGUUUUAGCCGACAUUUGGGUUGUUAGAUCUUCAGAAUUGGGUGUUACUGACAAUACAAUACACACAAGGACUCAUUUGGGGCAUGUUUUAAAACCAGGAGACUACGUUUUAGGUUAUAAUCUUGAAGACAGUAACGUAAAUGAUGCCAAUUUCGAUAAAUUGGAGAAAAGUAGCAUUCCUGAUGUCGUUUUAGUGAAGAAAUAUUACGACAGGAGUGAAAGGAAGAGGAGAAGAGUAUGGAAAUUGAAACACAUGGCCCAAGAAGAAACUGCCUUAAUUACCGAUAAUAGGGACUACAAUGAGUUUUUGGAUGACUUGGAAGAAGACCCCGAUUUGCGUCAAAAUGUCAAUAUUUUUAAAGAUUUUACGAAACAAAUUGUCAUCGAUUCAGGCGAUGAUGUUGAUGAGAAUGUUCCAAGGAUAACAUUGGCGGAAAUGUUGGAUGAUUUGGUUAUUGAUGAUAUUGAAAUGUCGGAAGUUUGAUUAUUAUAGAAACCUGUAAUUUAUGAUUUAAUAAAGCAUAAUUCCAA